ACUGUUUUUACAAACAGCCAUCCUUUUUCAUGGCAAUGCCAUAUUCAUAUUGUCAGGAUCUGAUAUCAUCUCACUUCAUUUUGUGUUUAAAUUAAGAACACAGCUGCCAUCUGUUAUUGAGUUUAUGUAAGAAAACUUCCACAUCCUGUUACUGGAGUUUGGGUGGUGAACCUACUUUGUGUCUGUGGAUGAACAGUAGUUUCAAGGUAUUAUAUAGGUGCUACAAUCAGUGCAUAACUUCCUGAGCUUAGAAUAUCUCACAGAGAGCUACCUAAUAUAUCUCUAUCAACCUUAGCUACCAUCCUUAAUAAUACUUGACUGAUAAAUAUUUGUGCUGACUUUAGCAAAUCACAAAUAUAAUCCUGCUCUCUUGCAGCAUUCUCACAUCCCUAGUUAUUUUUGUGCCAUAGUUAAUUUUCCACUCCUCAGCCAUUGUUAUUCUUUGAAGUUCUCAUAUAGCUUUGAAAAUGGUAGCUUUUGCAUUCAUUGUAGUGUUCACUCUAUAAUAAUAGUAUGUUGCAGAAAAGUUUCUUUAGUUAAACCUGUAUCACCCCCUUGUAGAUUUUAGCCCAAGAUGGCAGACGUCUUAACUAUGUUGCUCCUGCCUGGGAUGCUGAUAUGUGGCCUGCUGUUUCAUGCACUGUCCCAACAAGAAGCUGGGGUUAAAUUAAAAAAGAAGCUGAAUUUCAUCAUCAUACUGGCUGAUGAUAUAGGCUGGGGAGACCUAGAUGUUAACCAACCUGAGGGGAAGGCAAACAACACUCCUUACCUCAACCUGAUGGCCCAGCAAGGACUAAGACUGACAGACUUCCACUCACCUGCGUCAACAUGCUCCCCAUCCCGUGCUGCUAUCCUGACAGGCCGUUAUGGUCUGAGAAACGGGGUGACUCAUAACUUUGCAGUGAAUUCUGUUGCUGGUCUGCCUCUGUCUGAAAUCACCUUACCCCAGCUUCUGCAGAGGUCGGGUUAUUACACAGCCAUGAUUGGGAAAUGGCAUCUUGGACACAAUGGACCAUACAGUCCAACUAACAGAGGUUUUGACUACUACCUAGGUAUUCCCUACAGUAAUGACAUGGGGUGUACUGACAGACCAGGAUAUAAUCUGCCCCAUUGCCUCCCUUGUAGUUCAUCUGGACCUCAAGUGAUCAGCAGGCUGAGGAGGAGUGUGCAUGAAGGUUGUUAUUCAGAGCUAGGCCUCCCUCUGAUUGAAAACAGCAGCAUUGUGGAGCAGCCACUUGACCUGUGGACACUAACAGAACUAUACAAAUCUGCUGCACUUAGGAUUAUACACAAUGCAAGAGCACAAGGACAACCAUAUCUGCUUUACAUAGCACUGGCUCACAUGCACGUCCCAUUGGCCCCUCCGCUCUCUUCAGAUCUCCCGAAUGCUGCCCACUUCCCCAGUGAGGACGUAUAUGCUUUCAGUCUGCGAGAGAUGGAUGGUCUGGUUGGGGCAGUGAAGUCCGCCUCCGAUGAUACAGAUAAAGACAAUACUCUGAUAUGGUUCACUGGUGACAACGGUCCUUGGGAACAGAAGUGCCAGUAUGCUGGAAGUGUUGGACCUUUCAAAGGAAAAUGGCAGACCAACAAAGGUGGCGGUUCAGCUAAGCGAACCACCUGGGAGGGAGGUCAUAGAGUUCCCACAGUGGUGUAUUGGCCUGGGAGGAUCCAUGCAAACACCAGCAGCUCAGCCCUGCUCAGUGGUAUGGACAUCUUCCCAACUCUUCUGUCCCUGGCAGGUGUAACACUGCCCUCAGACAGACGUUAUGAUGGCAUUGAUGCCACAAAUAUCCUCCUGAAUCAUAAACAUACUGGUCAUGAGUUUCUGUUCCACCCCAACAGUGGUGCUGCAGGAAAGUUCGGGGACCUGCAGACUGUGCGAGCUGGGAAACACAAAGCUUUCUACAUUACAGGUGCAGCAGAGGCAUGUGGUGGUGGAACAGGGCAGCAGCAACUCCAUGACCCACCGCUCAUAUUUGAUCUGGAGCGUGAGGAGGCUGAGGAAACGCCCCUGCAGGUCGAGACACCUGAAUACCAGGCUGCUGUGCAGAAGAUCGCUCGUGGUAGGGAGCAGGUUUUAUGGGACAUCGCCACUGACAAGUCAGUGUCCACAGCAGACUACAGCAUGGACAAAUCAGCCGCACCGUGCUGCAAUCAAAGACAGGCUGUUUGUCGAUGUUGCACGCUGGUUUGAGUAUGGAAAAACACACACGCAGACACUUGAACAGAAGACUAAUUGGAGCACACAGAUGUUGAAGCAAAUAUCUUCUCCGAAUAUGCACAGCAUUCUUUGUUUGGAAGGAUCGAUGUCCAGAUCCAGCAGAUGUGCAAACAAGAGGAAAGGACAAAGUGAAGCGAGUAGUUGAACUUUGGUUAUUUGAGAAGUAGCUGAUCUUCUGUGAGGUAAAUAUUUUGAGGGAAAUAACAUCAAACCAUCUGACAUGCAGUAUUAUAUGAAUCACUUGCAGUGUAAAUAGGUGUAAAGUUUGCUUCUUGCAAACAUAAAAAUGGAGCUUUAUGGUUAUUUUGAUAAACGUAAAUAAAUUCGUCUCAUUUGCUUGUUAACAUUCCAACCAGUGGAUGGCUGCUCUUCCCCCUGAGCUUCAGGUGCACAGUUGUGUAUCAGUGUUUAGUGAUUUUCAAAAUAAAAGCCACACAUUGCAAAGGUUAAA